AUGAAGAAAGGACUGACUGACCAUGAAAUACGGUGUCUGGGCUCCAAGUUCGACCUCAACAUUCGUGAAGAAGCGUCCUACGUGUUGUGGUACAUCUGGCGCGAAAAGCGGGCAGCCUACGCGAAUCUGCAGGCCUGUAUCGCAGUGUUGCUCGAAGACGAGGACCUCUAUCUUGCUUUGAAGGCCGCGCACGCGAAGGGGACGUACGAGAGCAUCAGGCAAUGGAAAAGAAUUGCUGCUGAAUCUUGCGUUACUCGAGGCAGUGGUAUGGACAUUGGCAUUAAAGGACUCCUCGCGGAACUCGAGCCUGCCGUAAUGAAGCUAGUGGCCGGCGAGAUCACCUUGCCAGCAUGGACACCUAUCGACGACAAAUUGGACCCUGAGAUCAUCUCCCAUCUCACCUCUCUCCGAAUACCAUGUUUGAAGGGCAAACCCAAUCUCCUCCUUCACGAUCUUGGAAGCUUUACGCGGGAACCCUUGCUAGAAAGGCGGCUGAAGAAUAUCUUCAUGCCGAACAACCACACAUUCCUGGUUAAUACGUCUGGGUCUGGGAAAACACGCCUCCUUCUCGAGGGUCUAUGCGAGAACUGGGGUUUCUAUUUCACAUCUCUCGUCGACUCAAGUCUUCUGGGCUCCAGCGAUAUCCAAAAUAGCAUUCAAACCCAUGUUCCCGACUCCGAUAAAUUUCGGCGCAUACUACCACCCGCGGGCUCAGCCGGUUAUGGUUCUGCCUUGAAGGCGAAUCGCGAUAUUGCCAGUCGAAUAUUUCGACAGACGUUCCUUGCCCGUCUAAUGGUUUUUAAUCUUUUUGCCGAGAUUAUGAACCGUCAUGCUGAAAGCAAUAAAAAAGUUGUUGUGGAUUCGCGCGUCUACAAGACGCGUUGGCUUUUACUACAACUUCGACCGUCUCUAGUCCACCCUCAAGUAUGGGAUAUUUUUGACGAACUCUCCUCCAAGCUCUCCUCCGCCUCUGAUGCCUUCAUCAACACCAUGACGAAGACUCUAUUGAUCGAAGUCCGAAGCAUAUGUUCACGCGUCGAUAACUUAAACGACGUUCAAAUGCCAACCAGCGACGUGGUACAGACACCCUUAUUCUGUGUACUUGAUGAAGCACAACACGCAGCCACUCAGCACAAUUCUUCGUUUCGCUCUGACCAUAAUGGUGCUCACCGUCCAAUACUCCGCGAAAUCGUGAAGGCUUGGGAGGGGCAAUCUUUUGGUCAGGGCGUCUUCAUGGUCGUUGCUGGAACGGGCAUAUCAAAAGACGUUGUCGACCAAGCCAUGGCGUCAGCAAUCAUGAAGGAUUCUCGUUACCGGUGGUGCUCGGAUACAGGGGCUUUCGAUCGCAAGGAGGGCGGCGACUUUUGGAGAGAGUCUGGUAUUGGUUACACGGAAGCCGAACUUCUGCAAAACGGGUUCAAGAGACCGCAUGGGUUGCUCAAUGCCUAUGUUGAACACUUCACGAACUUCAAGAUCACGGAUGCUGUGUCCUUGGUUGCAUCAGAAAGCCUAGAUGCUUUGCCCGUUUUAUCACAAUACAAGCUCGAUUUUUCCAAACUGAAGAAGAACGGCGACAUGCUCACGACGAUCCAUCAAUUAACCUCCCACUAUCUCAUGCGCUCCGUCCUUCCUAUUACACUCGGAAAAGACGAAGCCACCUACGUCGAAUACGGGUUCGCCCGCUUCGUCGACUCCGAAACGAAAACUGUGGCCGUUGACGAACCUCUUGUCCUCCUCGCCGCUACGCACUGGAUAAACGCCAACGUUCGAACGACUUACAAGUCCUUCGCCAAACAAAUCCAGGUCCACGAGCCCGCCUCGAACGGUUUCGAGAACUACGUAGGUUUCUGCCUCGACAUGAUAUUCUCCUACCGUAGACGGCUGAGCGACAUCUUCACCUUCCACGGAGAUGUUCCAGCUUGGGGCAACCUCGACGCUGAGCUCGUUGGGCUACACAGGACGAGCCUCGAUCGAAUCGAGACGAGCACCGUCCGGCAUUUCCUCUUCUCGGGACCGUCAGUCACCCUCGGUGCGAAUGCCAAGUCGCCUGAAGAGACCUCAGAGUGGCUUCACCACCAAUCACCCACCCCGAUGUGCUUCCCCCAUAUUUCAAUGGGCCCUGAUCUCAUCUUCGUCCUCCGGCUCUCCGACGGCACCAUGAUCUGGGUCGUUCUGCAAGCGAAGUAUUCAUUAGGCAAGAAUGGCAAGCUCUCUCGGCUGUCCCUGCGACAAGCAAUGCGCAGCAUAACGCCUUCGACAUUCUUCCUCGAUAAGGUAUUCAUGCCUCCUUUGCGGCUCCGCUAUCGAUUUGCUGAUAUGAUUAUGAUCAUGCAGGAUGACAGACCCUUCUCACCGGCCAGUCAUCCCAACCUCGUGAAGGAGACAAACCAGAAGCUCCUUUCUUUGCCUUAUCGGCGGAAUGACGCAGGUCGCUACAGCCUCCUCCGUGUCGUGGCCUCCUUCCCUGCGGAGACACACCUGAAGCGGUGUCUGGAAGAAGACCCAGAUAACGAAGGACAUCCCAUUGCCAGCUUGAACAUGACGCUGGUCAAGCAGGUCACUCGGAAGCUUUCGCCUAUAGACUUCUUACAAGGCCUAGAAGACCCGUUACAGAACACGGGUAAACGGAAACGAGGAUGUUCGGAGCCUCUCCGGAGACGUUCAAAGAAGAUCAAGCUAAACUAA